GGGCUUCUGCCGGUCCGUGGAGACGUCUCCGUCGGGUACUCUCCUCUGCCGGGCAACUCGGUACGUCGAGACUAUAUCCCCACGGCAGAUUCGAGCACCUCGACCUCAACAAAACUCUGACACAAUCUUACGGGAGCCUUGACAUAACUGUACGAAUCAACCCGAGAGCGUAGCUUCUGAGCAGGGUACGACCCGAAGAGAACCAGAAAUCGAGAACGUUAUCUAUAUCGGUAACCGGAGCCGCCUUGGGACCGUGAUUCGAAAAAUCACGUCACAGUACAUCGAGACGCAGAUAAAAAAUAAAGCGAAUAGCGCAGUUUAUAAGACGCUGAAGUUUCGUAUUCAGCUCACCAGUUACAUCGUUGUACACUAGGCAGCAGUAAUCAAUGUGAGGAAAAAUUAAGGUGGUCGUUAGCUUGACUCUUAAUUGCUGUGAUAGAGAGUGCUUAUGAUAUUUCAGCUUAUGAAGAGAAAAAUGAACCUUCUGAGAGAUGGACAAUACGUGACUGGUCCAUGAGAGAUUGGCAUUAAGGAUGUUCUGGUUAUACAGUACCAGACAAAAGUUACUGAAAUCUGAAAUAGAUGAAAUUCUCGGUUUUACGGAGGUAAAAUAUGAACCAUACGCACUGGUAUGUUGUGAAAGGCUACAAUAAUGGUAAUAAACAUGUUUUUGACUCUAUAAACUAAUAUAUUAGUGGAUUUUGCUCAUUUUGUGAUGGUCGACAGAAAACUUUUGGACAUGAAUUCGACCUAAAUCGAACUGUAAAAAAAAUUCGUUGUUCACAUGAGACAUGCAAUCUCAAUCAUCAUUUGAUGCCUGGUAUACAUGAAAUAUGUCUCAUAGACAUAUAUAAGAUAUACAUAGAAGAUAUAUAAUUAAUCAUCAUUGAUGUGAUAUUUUCACUUGUAGGACUUUUUACAAGUCAAAAUAAUAUGUUAAAAAUCGUAUAUCAAUCGCGACAACAGUGUAUUGCCUGGUAUUGCACUGAUUCAUUAUUUUAUAUUGGUACCAAUGCGACGCGGCGAGAAAGCGUGUUCGAGCUGCUCUCUCGCACAUCCUUGUCCGCAUCGCACUCUCUCUCUCUCUCUCUCUCUCUCUCACUGUAUUCCAAGCGAUUUAGUAUCCGUAGGUGAAUGAUAAGACGAUCGAACGCCAUGCUCGAACGUAACGUUCAAGUAUAUUGAGAGGUUAGAUAGACGCAAUCACUGCUAACGAACGAAAUGGCAAUAGAAAAAAUAAAACGGUGGAAAGGCCGAUUAGUAACGGACGCGGUUUAUAAACAGCGAUUAGCUCGAAGCAAGAAUUGUGAAAAUGUAAAUGAAACGAAAAAAGCCACAAGUGAAAUCGAUGCAAACUCGAAAUUUGAGUCACAAGAGGAUCAAAAUGAUGCUACUCAAUCGGAGUUCACGGAGGGACGACGUGUUGUCGAAUUAUCCGUUCUCGCUGAACAAUUGUGGUGUGUGUCGUGUAAGGAAGUGCUUUCUUUGCAGUAUAUAGAAAAAGAAACACGCAGAGGGUUAGGCUCGAUACUGCUGGUGAGAUGUCACAAAUGUUUACUCAUAAAUUCGGUGACUACAGGCAAGCAUCACAACUGGGGAAAACGACGCUUAUCUCGCUUUGACGUCAAUACUAAAGCAGGAAUCGGUGUUCUGCAUGGUGGAUUGGGCCAUACACAUCUCAAUAAACUACUAUCCUGCCUCAAUAUUCCAACUAUUGACUUCAAGACAUUCAAGAGAUAUGAGCAAGAAGUUGGACAAGCCACAGAAAGUAUUGUGAAGGGGAGUUGCCAGAACGCAGCACAUUUGGAGCGGCAGCUGACUGUGGAGAAUGCAGAAAACAUUGAACAGUUAUUGUAAUU